ACCUAAGGCGAACAAUUAACAACGUUCAGUUGGUUUUCGGAGGCGGUUUUGAAUUGUUUAUAAAGAUUUUUUUUGUACUUUAGUCUUAAUUUCCUUCCAGUAGAGUUAGCUUAGCCUGUAGCUACUAGCCGACAGGAAAACAGUGAGUCCAGCAGGUUGUUUGUGUUUAAGAAGAGAAACGUUUGUUGUAAUUUUGUGAAAACCUCAGAAAGCCAGCGUUGGAGAAAAGGGAGCUGCCAAAGAUGGAGGACUCAACACAAGACGUCCAGCAGCUGUUGCGGAUUAAAGAGGAAGAGAACUGGAGUCCCAAGCCAGACCAGGAGAACCAGAAACCUCCACAGAUUAAAGAAGAGCAGGAAGAGAAUGAGAUCACAGGGUUAAAAUUCAGUCCAGUUCCUGUGAAAAGUGAAGAUGAUGAAGACAAACCUCGGAUCCCAGAGCUUCAUCACAGCCAAACUGAGAAAAACAGAGACCUUGUAGAACCAGGACCAGAUUGGUGUUUAAAAUCAGUUUGUAGCAAAGCUGUUACUUUAAAAACUGAUUUAACAAAACACACAAAAAUACAUUCAGAGGAAAAACUUUGCACAUGUUCUGUCUGUAAUGCAGAUUUUAAAACUGAAAACAUUUUAGUAGAACACACAAUAACUCAUGAUAGCGAAAGGCCUUUCAGCUGUUCAGUCUGCAGCCAAAACUUCAAAUGUAGGUCACAUCUGUCUACUCAUAUAUGUGGUAAUACCAGAAACAAGCCUUACAGCUGCUUGGUCUGUGGAAAGACCUUUGCUUAUCUGACGAGCCUAAAAUGUCACCUUAGACGUCACACCGGAGAAAAACCGUAGAGCUGCUCCAUCUGCACAGUGAUGUUCACGUGGAAAAACCUUCAAGAACAAUGCAAGAACACAUAUGGAAGAAAACCCUCCAGUUGCACAAACUGCAGUCAAAACAUCUGCCAGACUGAUUUGAAGAAUGAGCUGUUUAUUUUUCAGCUUCUCUGUCUAAAGUACUUCUUUAGAGGAAAUAAUCCUUCCAGGAAGAUGCUGGACCUCCAGCUGAAGAGAAGCUGUGUAACUAUAAAACAUUUAUUGCAAUUGGAACUAAAUAUGAUGAUAUGAUUUGAUUGUCUUGGUUUGAAUUUAAUCUUGACUCAAUUGGAUCCAGUGUAAGGUCAUUUUUAAAGUAAAAUCAAGAACAUAAUGGUCAGCCCUGAACAGAGGGAAAGAAAAUGGCCUUUUUUAAUCACUCCUGGAAGGACAAAAACCUCAAAUUAGGCAACUGCUGUUUAUGAAUUGAAACAGCUCUACUUAAGUUUUUUUUAUUUGUUUUCCUUUAAAGGACCCAAUUAAGUCAUUUAAAUUUUUUGUCAGACUUUUUUUCCUCGUUUCUUUUUUUGCCUUAAUUUUGACAACUUUAGAUGUAAUCACAUUUGUCUAGAAUAAAAACUUUAAUUUAGAGUUAAAGAAUAAUUGCUCCCAAAAGAAAUUAACUGUUUCUUAUACCGGGUCAUUCUAAACUGCAGAGGAUUAGUUUUUGUACUCAGUACUUUAUUUUUCAUGUUUCAUUUGUUUCAGUAAUUUAAUUCACAGAAGAAAGAAAACAUUGUAUAGAAAAAAUAAACAUAAAAUUAUGUUUUCAACAUUUAUUUCUUUUAUAAUUUUCAGAACAAUUCAAACAUUUUAAGACAGAAAUGUGGGUUUAUUAAAUAGCAUGUUUUAAACUUCCUGAAAGGUUAUUUUCGAGAGGUAUCUUUAAUCAAACAAAGAUACCUCUAGAAACUAAGUUUCUAGUUUUUUUUUUUUUAUUAAUAUAACUAAAUGCAGCUCCUGCGGUUCAGAUCGAGCUUUUAUUCUGAAGGUGAAAAUCAUCUGACGUAUAGCGGAAGUAGUUAUCUGCUAGCAGCAGAAGCGAGGCGACCGAAUUUUGUUUCCUUUUCCAGUGUAAAAUGUUACUUAAGUCGUUUUUACGACAAUAUUUAAAUGUAUUCUUAAAGCCGAGGUGAUUUUACAUCAACUGUGAAGUUUUAAGUUCUGUAAUUUUAUCUGAAAUUCCUGCCGGUAGUUUUAGCUUAGCUUGUUAGCUGGAAGCAGACAGGAAAACAGGCAGUUUGAUGGAGAACCGACUGACUCUUGUGAUUAUGAAGAGAAACGUUUCUGUUGUAUUUUUAUUUUAAAAAAUCUCAGAAGACAACUAACAGAGAUGGAGGAAGCAGUUUAUCAUGUCCAGGAUCUGAUGGUGAUCAAAGAGGAGAAGAACUGGAGUCCCAGACCAGACCAGGAGGACCAGAAGUCUCCACAGAUUAAAGAGGAACAGGAGGAGGAUGACAUCACUGCGUUUAUAUUCAAUGCUGUGAAGAGUGAAGAUGAUGAAGAGAAACCUCAACUUCCAGAGCUUCAUCACAACCAAACUGAGGAAAGCGAAGACUUUGUUGGACCAGAACCAGAUCAACAUUUAGAAUCAGCUGUUGAAGAGAAAACUUCUGAUUCUUCUUCAGAGACAGAUGUCAGUGAUGGAAACUGGGAGGACAGGAGUGAAGCUCAGUCAGGUUUGGGGUCUGGAAGCAAUAACGCAGAUUCAGUUUGUGAGAAAAGUAAAAUGUUACAUCGCUGCUCUGAGUGCAGUAAAACUUUCAGUCGCAGACGAUAUUUGUUAGAACACAAAAGAAUCCACACUGGAGAAAAACCCUACAGCUGCUCUAUCUGUGACAAAACCUUUACAUGGAAACAAUCUCUGACUUUACACAUGAGGACGCACAGCGAAGAAAAACCUUUCAGCUGCUUUGUUUGUACCAAAGCUUUUACUUCCAAAGCUACUUUAAAAGAACAUUCAAAAGUCCACACUCAGCAUAGACCUUACAGAUGUCCUGUCUGUAACGCAGCUUUUAAAAGAAAGAACAAUUUAAUCGAACAUAUAAGAAUCCACUCUGGAGAGAAGCCUUACAGCUGUCCUGUCUGUAGCAGAGCUUUUACCUCCAAGGGAAAUUUACAAAAGCACACAAAAACACAUGCAAAAGAAAGACCUUACAUAUGUUCUGUGUGUAAUGCAGGUUUUAAGAGUAAAAACACUUUAGUAGAACACACAAGAACGCACACUGGGGAGAAGCCUUUCAGCUGCUCGGUCUGCGGUCGAAGUUUCAGCUGUAGGUCACAUCUAACUUUUCACAUUAGAGGUCAUACAGAAGAAAAACCUUACAGCUGCGUGGUCUGUAAGGCGGCUUUCAAAAGGAGACACACUUUAGUGGAACACACAAGAACCCACACUGGAGAGAAACCUUACAGCUGCUCAGUGUGUGGUAAGAGCUUCGCUCAUUGUUUAAGUCUAACAUGUCACAUGAGACGUCACACAGGAGAAAAACCGUAUAGCUGCUCCGUCUGUAAGGCAUCAUACAUGUGGAAAAGUGCAUUCAUGAAACACACAAAAACGCACACGGGUGAGCAACCUUUUAGCUCCACAGACUGGUUGAAGUGGAGUGAAGCAGUGGGACAGACAAACACCACUAACAAAAUAAACUGAUUCAUUGGACUGGAGGGAAGUGAUUCCAAGUUUGUCCUGAAAAGAAUGAAGACUCUUGAUGCAGUGAAUCAUUGAAAACUGAGCAAUUUAUUUUUUAAAUCCUGAA